GCUUCGGUCCGGUUCCUCACGUCACUCUGUCCCCAGUGACAUUUCGAUUAUUUAUUCAUCAUAUCGCCACCGCAUAUUGUCAUCAUCGUCGGGCUGUUUCAUUUUGUUUGUUUGUUUGUUUUUUUCUGUACGGUGUCGUCUUCAGAGAAGUGAACGUUUUUUUUUUUUCGGGGGGUCAAUCCAAGUUGUUUUGCAGUUUUUUUUUUUUUAAAUUCUGUGAAAUUUGGCUCGUCUUCAUCACGAACGAGUCCCGAAUAAAGAAGAAAACUUCGUCUGCUUGACUGUUCUUAUGUGGCGCGCAAACUGUGAUCCAUUUGAAACAACAACAACUUUCCGAGACCCGAAUUUAGCGUUUGAUGUUUUUCUUGAUUCGCUUUUGGGACACGUUAAGAAAUAGUGGAGCUUCCUGUCGGUGAUUUUGCAUUCAUAAUUAUAGCAAAGCCGAAGCGUUUGUUUUGUGAUCGCAACGUAAGAGAACGUGCGAAUUUCUUGCAAUUAUCCGUCGGAAAAAAAAAAUCAAGGCCGAGGAUUACGUUUGCGAUUGAAACGAAUGAACAGGACGUAUUCGCCUAUUGUCAGGCCUAUAUACAUGUCAUUUGCAUAUGAGUGAAUUCAUAUAUUCAUCUCCUACAUCCAGUGAUUUGCCGUGCUAUCCCCCGAUCGCAAGUAGAGUUACAUUUCAAGGGUUCUGUGCAAUUGUUAGAAAACAAUCUUCAUCCCUGCUUCCCCCACGUAUUGCUUUGUGUGUCGAAGCGGUUCUGAUCACUUGAGAUUGUGCUCCGGUCGAGUGCUGCGGCGGCCCGAAAAUUUCGCCCUCGUUGGUCCUCGUCGAGUCCGAGAUGCAGACGGAACAGCAGCCCCUCCUCUUAGGUGGAGGGCAGCAUCACCAUCAUCUGCACCAUCAUCCGCUGCAACAACAUCAUUCGUCCGUCACUGUGGCCGCCGCCGUGUCCGUCGGCACGGGGCCCAUCGUCCCGUCUUCCAUACCGGGACCGAUCCGCGCUUCGGCCGUGUCGACCAGCACCAGCGGAGCAAUCAAUAACGGCACGGGCAGUUUAUGCGUCGGAUGUGGUUCACCCAUCCAGGACCAGUACAUUCUUAGAGUGGCCCCCGAUCUCGAAUGGCACGCCUCCUGCCUCAAAUGCGUCGAAUGCGGCGUCUUACUCGACGAGAAUUGCACGUGUUUCGUCCGCGAUGGCAAGACGUUUUGCCGCAGAGAUUACGUCAGAUUAUUUGGUGCCAAGUGCGACAAGUGCGGUCUGGGUUUCAGCCGGUCUGAUUUUGUGAUGCGAGCCAAGAGCAAGAUCUACCACAUCGAGUGUUUCCGGUGCGCCCUGUGCCAACGCCAACUGGUGCCCGGCGACGAAUUUGCGCUGCGAGACGACGGCAAUCUCUUCUGCAAGGACGAUCACGACCAGACCAACAAUAACAACAGUACCAACAAUAACAACAACAGUAGCAGUCAGAAUAACAACAAUAACCACCAGAAUCCUCAUCUUCACCACCACGGCCAUCACGGCCAUCAUCACCACCACAACAGCCAGACGAGCUCGUCGUUGAUGCUGUUAGAGGCCAAAAGUGAACACCACAAUCAGAGUAGCAACAGCAGCAGUGGCACCGUCUCCUUCCUGCCAAUCAGCAACAGCAGCAUCAAAAGCCACAAGUCGAGCAGUGGACGACACAGUCGAGCAAAUAGCAACGAUUCCCAUUCUGACAGUUCCGAUACUUGCAUCACGACGUCGACGCGGAAGGAGAGCGGCGAAAGAUCGCGAGGCGCCGGCAACAGCAAAGGCGAUCGCGGAGUUGGCGGCGUCGGCGGCUCGGGCGUCUCGGGCGGCGGCGGCGGCUCUGACGGCAAACCGACUCGGGUCCGGACGGUGUUGAACGAGAAACAGCUGCACACUCUGCGCACCUGCUACGCGGCCAACCCGCGUCCCGACGCUCUGAUGAAGGAGCAGCUGGUGGAGAUGACUGGACUGUCGCCGCGCGUCAUCCGGGUCUGGUUCCAGAACAAGCGCUGCAAGGACAAGAAGAAAGCCAUCCUGAUGAAGCAGAUCCAGCAGCAAGAGAAGGUAGGCCACCACCAUCACCAUCUACCCGACUACACAGCCCCGAACAAUUGCAACACCUACUACCACAUACGGACGAUGAUGGAACACCAGCACGCGCGUAAUAUCCAUCAUCAUCCGCAUGCACACGACGACUCGUCGGAUCCAAUUGAAGACGGAAGGAAGCUGGGAUUCGGUUCGAUGCAAGGCAUCCCGCUGAUCGCGUCCAGUCCGGUGAGGCACGGCGAGUCGUCGCCGGGCGGCGGUGGCGGUGGAGGCGGAGGUAACGGAGGAGGCGGAGGCGGCGGGAUCAAUCCAGUGGAGGUUCACGCCUUCGCCCCGCCCUGGAAGGCCCUGGCAGAGUUCGCCUUGCACAACGAUCUGGAGCGCAUCGAUCCGUCCGCACCCCACUUCCAGCAGCUCAUCAAUCAGAUGCACGGCUACGAUAUCCACGGACCACCUGAUCACCUGUCGCACCAUCAUCAUCAUCACUCGUUGCAGCACCACCAGCAACUGCAACACGGCCACCAUCAUAUGGGUGGAGGAGCCCCGAUGGAAAUGGGGACGAUGGUCGGCGGCGGAGGCAUCCACCACGGAAGUGGCAUCGCUCAUCACAUCGGAGUGGGUCCCUUACAACAUCCGCACCAGCAGCAUCCGCAACAGCACGAUCCAUCUGACGCUUUCGUCCAGUUCCUCGAUUCGGAUGAGGACAGCAUGCAGCACGAUGGACACAGCCCGUGAUCGGAACGCUGUUCACAAAUUGAUAUGCAGUGAAAAAGAAGAAAAGAAAAAGAUGCAAAUUGAAAGUGUUGGUUGUAUUUGAUGAAUCGCGCAGUUUACGUCUGCAGUUUCUAUUGGAAAUCAAUCGAUAGCAAGGAUGAUCGUGUUCUUUCUAUAUACGACGCAUUCUCCGGUGGUGCUCUCCUGUUUCGUUGUUUUUCUAACCGGAUUCUGAAAUAUUAUUUAUUAAUGACAGAAAGCUAAAAACAAAAAAAAAAAGAUAAGAAAAAUUAAAUGAUCGUGCUUUAUUGUUUUUGUACAUCGCCGGUUCGAAUAACCAGCCCCGUAAUUGUUAACCAACCAAUGUUGAAAAAAAGAGUGAAUCAUUCAAGAAACACAAAUUUUUAAAAUUAGGUUAACAAAGCAACAACAACAAAAAAUUUAUAAAAAUACCAAGAAAAAUAGUUUAAAUUAAAAAAAAAUACAAAACAUGGGGAGGGGAUAAAUUGUAUGUAUAUCUUUUUUGCGUGCCGUGUGCGUCCAGUUUCAUGUCUGUGUGAUUGUUAAGUUGUUUUUAUUAUUUUUGAAAACAUUGAAAGAGCAAAAAAAAAAACAAAUCCUGAUUGAUUGUUGCUGUCCAACGAUAUAACUAUGCGCCCUAGAACCAUUACUACAAAACCAUGUGUGUGCGUGUCGGUUUUUUAUCCCCAAUUUCGCCCUUUAAAGUUGAUGAUAAACAGCGUGUGUCUUUGUUGGUUGGAAGAAAAUUACACACAACUCAAUA